UAUGAAGAAUAGUGUUGUGUUGUAUGCGGACGUCUGUUGGUUGUGCUAAAUGAGGUAGAUUGAAUGGAAUUGAACAUUACCUCACCAUUCGCCACCCUCUCAUUUCGUAAAUAAAUAACACUAUUUGACUCAUAUUCGUGCAAUUGUUAUUCACAAAACCUUCAAAAUAUGGCAAACUUCUUACAUCAUCGUUGAGCAGUUGGUCAUCAUCACUGCUCGUGUGGCACGACAAGAACCUUUGUUUUUUAACUUCAGUUGGUUCAUGGGGCUGUAGAAGAGUAAACAGGAACUUACUUGUUGUGCAUAGUUGUGUACUUUUAAGGCCGUCUUAUCGAGCUCGAUCUGCGACAAUCUUUUUGGAUCGUAUUACAGAACGAAAUAUUUAAUUUACAAUGGCAGCCAAAGGGAAGAAAGGAGAACCGCUAUCAAUCAUGGUUGAGUUGACCCUGUCAGCCAAGGACUUGAUUAAUCGGGACGUGACUUCCAAGUCAGACCCAUUUUGCGUCAUUUUUGCUCGAGACCGAAAAACUAACGAACUCGUAGAAAUUGGGAAAACAGAAGUUAUUAAGGACAAUUUGAACCCAAAAUGGGAAACAAAAAUCACGAUGGAGUACCGGUUUGAAGAAAGACAGGAGCUCAACAUUACCGUGUAUGACUUUGACGGAGAUGUCAAUAAGAAACACAAGGCCGAGUCGGAAUAUCUUGGUAACGCUGUGUGUACGAUAGGAGAAAUUGUAGCGGCUCCAUUCAGCAAGUUUGAACGGAAACUGGAGUUGCCAAAGAACUUGGCUCAAAAAAACAAGGACUCCAUGAUUGUAAUUUACUGCGAAGAAAUGGGGGACAACAAAGAAUCUUUCCAAAUGACCUUAAGUGGAAAGGGGUUGGAUAAGAAGGACCUAUUGGGAAAAUCCGACCCAUACGCCAUUGUCUCAAAGAAAAAUGAUGAUGACGAAGGCUGGACUGAAGUCUUUACCACUGAAGUGGUCAAAAAGUCAUUGGAUCCAGAGUGGAGACCAUUUACUGGACACACGGUAAAGUUGACUGGACGAAAUCCCACCAGACCGCUCCGCUUCCAAGUUUUUGACCACGACAAGCAUUCCAAGCACGAUUUAAUUGGAGAAUUCGAAACCAAUUGGGAGGAUUUAUGCAGAUUUGCACGACAGAGCAACCCAAUAGCAAUGCCAUUAAUUAACCCAAAGAAGAAGGAAAAAAAGAAGGGUUAUGAAAAUUCGGGUGUACUGAACAUCAAUUUACAGGUGGACGAAACAAAUUAUACAUUUGUAGAUUACUUACAAACUGGAGUUCAGCUACAUUUUACAGUUGCAGUAGAUUUCACUGCAUCCAACGGAAAUCCCAAUGAUGCGAAAAGUCUACAUUCGAGGGUAGCCGAUCAGGAUAAUCAAUACACUACUGCCAUAAAAUCAAUUGGAUCCAUCAUUGAGGACUACGAUUUUGAUAAGCACUUCCCAGCUCUUGGGUUUGGUGCUAAAAUCCCACCCGAUACGGAAGUGAGCCACCUCUUUUUUCUUAAUUUUGACCCACAGAACCCAUUCUGUAAGGGUGUCGAGGGCAUCUUGGAAGCUUAUCAGCAAGCAUUGCGAAAAGUCCGCCUUUACGGUCCCACAAAUUUCGCAAAUACGAUCAGUCAUGUAGCAGAGUUUGCCAAGACAUAUCAAGAUGGCCGACAUUAUUUUAUUCUUUUAAUCAUUACGGAUGGAAUGAUCUGUGACUUGGAUGCCACCCGUGAAGCGAUUGUAUUAGCGAGCAAGCUUCCACUCUCCAUUAUCAUCGUCGGCGUUGGCUCAGAGGACUUUUCUUCAAUGGAAUUUCUCGACGGCGACAAACGGGCUUUGAAGCACAACGGCAUCGAGGCCGCGCGAGACAUUGUGCAGUUUGUUGCUUUGCGAGAUAUCAUUGGCAAAUUUGGGAAUGACCAUGCCGCUACCAGGGCGGCUCUGGGAAAACAAGUGCUUGCAGAAAUUCCUCGCCAACUUUGCGAAUUUAUGCACAUGAGAAAAACUUCUACUAAUUUGUAAUUAUUGUCUUACCACCGCAAUUUUUGCAUUCCACCGGUAAUCGUGAAAACUAACCUUAUUACUUACAUAAAAAUGACAUUGCCAAACUCAUCGUCAGGUUUGCCGGACUAAAACAAUACGUGUUCAUUCUUUACCAUAAAUGUGCAGUUUUUCGUUUAACAAAGGACUUUCACAAAUCCAUUCUGAUUUUUCAUUUUUAUUCUUCUUUUGUCGUAAUUCGUAAUUAAGAGCUGGUUGUGGUUUUUACAAUUUAAUGUUUGAUUGAUGAUAAUAAAAUAAUCUCUUUUUCGAACAGGGCUGUGCUA